ACCCUCGAUUAAACCGGACCGAUAUCGUCAGUUGCCGCCGCCGACGCCGUCGCUGGCUUCAUAUGCCCGCACCAAACCAAUAGGUCCGCCAAUUUCGCCGCCGCGACCAUGCUGCUACGGCCUCUCCGCCGGUUCCUCGGGCGGCUUCCCCUUGCCCAGUCGCACCGCACCUUCGUGGAUGCUAGGGUUACGUGGGUCCGUGACCGCGGCCUCGACCACGCCGUAGAGAAGGAGAAGUACCUGCAACCCUUUCAUGCACUCAAGGACUUCCUCCUCCUCCCUUCCUCAUCCUCCUCCUCCCCUUCCUCCUCCGGUCCUAGUCUCACUCUCACGUCUAUCAGCGCCCAUGCCGCCCAACUGCACCUCCCCUUCCGCCCCAUCCGCUUCAUUCGCCUCUUUCCUUCUGCCCUCAUCGAAGAGUUCCCUCAGCCCUCCUCCGGCGUCCCCCCACACCCUGUCAUCCGCCCGACAGACGAGCUAGUCCGCCUCCACGAGGACGAGCAGCGGGCCCUCGAGGCUGCACGCCCCGAUUCUGCCGACCGCCUCCUUCGCCUCCUCAUGAUCGCUCGACGCCGUCGUCUACCCCUGACCCUGAUUGACCGCCUCCGAUGGGACCUCGGCCUCCCGCGCGACUAUGCCCGCUCCCUACUCCCGGGCUACCCCGACUACUUUCAGAUUGUCCCUUCCACCAGUGGAGUGCCCGGCGCGCUGGACCUCGAGCUCGUUUUGUAUCGCAAAGACCUUGCGGUGUCCGCCAUGGAGAGGUACGCCAUGAAAUUUGGGGGCUAUAAGAAGGGCAUGUCGCUCCCUUUCCCCCUUCACUUCUCCCGGGGUUUCGACCUGCAGAAGAAGGUGAGGAACUGGUUGGACGAGUGGCAGAAGCUUCCGUACAUCUCACCCUACGAGGAUGCGUCCCAUCUCAAGCCAAAGAGCGACCUUGCGGAGAAGUGGACAGUGGCAGUGCUCCACGAGGUCCUAAACCUUCUUGUGCCAAAGAAGACGGUAAAGGAAAAUCUGAUCUUGCUCGGGGAACAUAUUGGGCUCCCGCCGGGUCUUACAAAGGUAAUCACGCACCACCCGGGCAUCUUUUAUGUUUCAAAUAAGCUAGGAACGCACACCGUUGUGCUUCGUGAGGCUUAUAGGAGGGAUCUUUUGGUGGAGAAGCACCCAUUGAUGGGGUUAAGGUAUCAAUAUAGUCACCUCAUGCACAAGGGGAAGGAGACUGUCGUGGAGAAGGGUAAGAAGCCUAGAAGGGCUGCUGCCGAUGAUUCUGCUCUGACUGACAUUGCAGGAGAAGAUGAAGAAGGGGAGGAAGAUAAUGAAGAAGAUGAUGAAGAAGAUGAGGAGGACGUGAUGGAAGAAGAAGAACUAUCAACAGUUGAAUCCGAGGACUUGGAGAGUGAUGAUGAGGAUGCCAAUCAGUCUGCGAGAUGAUGACAUGCAGUUGAAGCAGGAAGGCCAUGACAUGCAAAUUAUAGCAGGCGUGUUGGUGCACACUGAACAUGCACUCAGUUUAUAUUGGAAAAAGAAGAUUUGAGAAUGAGUCAAUCAGAGAUCAGAGGAAAUUGGGCAUGCUAUUUUGACAAUAAUCAGCUUAAGCUGCAUGAAAAGGAUGCUACGGAGGGGAAUGCUUCUGCUUGCCAUUCAAAUUCGAAGAGAUAACAGCCCAAUUGUUUGGGGUGAGUUCCUGUACACACUGAUUCUGUUGUUAUCUUUGCAUGUGGCUGCCUAUUUAGUUUACAUUCUUCUUUGUUAGGAGUAUUGAUGCUAUAACUUGUUAUUUAACUGCUGCGCAUUCUUCCAGUGCAUGAUUAUCAUGAGACUUUCAGUCGAUCCAUUUUA